CCGGCAUGCAACAGCAGCCGAGCGCCGCCCUCAGAGAGCGGCAGCAGGGUGGAGCAGCAGACAGACGGACGGACGGACAGCAUCCAGGAGGAGUGAUGAUGGAUGGAGACUCUGCCCCCCUGGGAGACGGCCCUGCCUCUGAGGAGCAGUGCAUGAUGGGAGAUGCAGCAGCUGUGAAGGAAGCAGCAGAGGAAGUGGUGAAGGCCUCCAGGUCAACAGGGGGCGCCAGAGCAGCCAGGAUGGUCUCAGCCAAGAGUACAGAGUCAGUGGACGGAGUCAACAGUCCAGGAAGUCGCUCUCCUGCCAGUCGACCAUCAACUCCAAACAGAGACGUCAGGAAGGUGGCAGUGGUCCGGACUCCCCCCAGGUCUCCUGGUUCUGCUCGUGGACGGACACCCCCCCUCCCCUCCCACCCGAUGCCUGACCUCAGCAAUGUGAAGUCAAAGAUCGGAUCAACGGAGAACCUGAAACACUCACCUGGAGGGGGCAAGGUUCAGAUUGUCACUAAGAAGAUGGAUCUCUCUAAUGUGACAUCAAAAUGUGGCUCUAAAGACAACAUCUACCACAAACCAGGUGGAGGAAAGGUGGAGAUUAAAUCAGAGAAGCUGGAUUUUAAAACUGUUCAGUCCAAAGUGGGUUCUCUGGAGAACAUCACGCAUGUGGCAGGAGGAGGGAGGAAGAAGAUCGAGAGUCAGAAGUUGACCUUCAGAGAGAGCGCCAAAGCUCGAACAGACCACGGUGCCGUCAUCAUCGACCAGCCUGACUCCUCCCCUUCUCGCCUCAGCAACACUUCCUCCCCCGGAAGCCUUAACCCUGCUGAAGCUCCGCCCCUCGACGCUCUGGUAGACCAGGUGUCCGCCUCUCUCACCAAACAAGGCCUGUGAUUGGAUGACCCUGUGCCUGCAGACCCCGCCCCCUCCUGUUACCAUGGAAACUGCCUGAUGGAUGAAGAGUUUCAUGUGUGACAUCACACAGACGGGUUGGAGGGAUUUUAUCAAGUUUAAGUUCACACAUGUCUCUGAUUCCUUCUCAGUCUCAUCUGUGUGUGUGUGUGUGUGUGUGUUUUCAGCACACACACACACACGCACACACUCACAUCAGGGCAGAGUUAGCCUAGCUUAGCACAAACACUGCUAGUUCAGAGAAGCUGAUCAGACAGAGGUGAGGUUGAGUCUGAGUGAAGCUUCAACACGUCCUUAAACACUUUUCAGGGGCCUUGAGUUUGUUCCAGGAGUCCUUGAAGAAGUCUGAGAGGUCCUUGAGGAAGUUCCAGGUAUGAAAACAAAACGUGUUAGAAACGUGUCAUCGUUCAUGCUGACAGGAAGUUACAUCAUCAACACAGAUUCAUCUGAGUGAACGCUCCAGAGCAGGACGUUUGUUUAACCCUUUAAAACCUGACCUCCCUCAGACUGCCACAGGAGGUUGUCGUUUGUCCGAUCCUCUUUAAACAGAUCUGAAAUAAAAACCAGAACAACAAACCUUCAUUCUUUCAGCAGCAGGAAGUGAAGGCGUCUGUCCUCACCGUCAUCACGUUAUACUCUCAUAUUAUACACUCAUUAUUGUGCCACGUUGCGUGUGGUGCAAAACUGUGCAUCAAUGCAACGUGGUGUCAGAGGGCUGACGUCUGCUGCUCAUAAAAAAGGUCACAUCUAAAUAAAGUAAAUAAUGAUGACAGUUUAAAUCACUGAUGGAACGUACAGAAAUAUUUUCUUUAUUUUUUCAUUUUGUAAAAUCUUAUGUGAAAACAGAGUUUUUUACUUUUGUAUUAACGAUAUCAUCUCAGUAAUUUUAUUAAUUAUUCAGUUUUAUUGACUCUCAGUUUUUAGUUUUUAGCUCAGGUUCAGAUCUUAUUGAUAUGACUUGUGUAUAGAUUCUCCAGGAAAUUACAUCACAAUAAGCAGAAAUACAAACGUAGGCAGUGAAGGAGCUACUGCAAAGUGUGAAGGGUUAAUGUCAGACAGCUGGACCAAGAGACGAGGACACACUCCCCCAGUCCCAAAUGGAUCCCUUACAGACUCGUUGACUCAAGCCCUAAGCCCUUACAGACCUAGGACCAAUUCCAUUUCUUCCCCUUAGCCCUUGUCUUGGCCCUUCCCCUUGGUUUUGCACGUUCAUGUGAGGGGAAGUGGUGUCCCAAUUCUCUGUCAGGUUAAGAGCUAACCUGAUGGAGAAUUGGGACACCACUUCCCCUCAAGUCAACGAGUCUGUAAGGGAUCCAUUUGGGACUCGGGGACUCUGUCCUGAGGACGUGUCUCUGAGCUGAUCGAUGUAAACACACGUCUGCACUCGUCUCAGCUUCUCCACCUGCUGAUGGAACAAUUAAACUCUGGGUUCUGUUUCAUGAGAACCAGACUAGGUUCCAUCAGUGUUCAGGUGGAGGUCUAUCUGAGUUCAGGUGGAGGUUCCAUCAGUGUUCAGGUGGAGGUCCAUCUGAGUUCAGGUGGAGGUUACAUCAAUGUUCAGGUGGAAGUUCCAUCAGUGUUCAGGUGGAGGUCCAUCUGAGUUCAGGUGGAGGUUCCAUCAAUGUUCAGGUGGAGGUUCCAUCUGAGUUCAGGUGGAAGUUCCAUCAGUGUUCAGGUGGAGGCUCCAUCAGUGUUCAGGUGGAAGUUACAUCAGUGUUCAGGCGGAGGCUCCGUCAGUGUUCAGGUGGAAGUUCCAUCAGUGUUCAGGUGGAGGCUCCAUCAGUGUUCAGGUGGAAGUUCCAUCAGUGUUCAGGUGGAGGCUCCAUCAGUGUUCAGGUGGAAGUUACAUCAGUGUUCAGGCGGAGGCUCCGUCAGUGUUCAGGUGGAGGCUCCGUCAGUGUUCAGGUGGAGGCUCCGUCAGUGUUCAGGUGGAGGUUCCAUCUGAGUUCAGGUGGAAGUUCCAUCAGUGUUCAGGUGGAGGCUCCAUCAGUGUUCAGGUGGAAGUUACAUCAGUGUUCAGGCGGAGGCUCCGUCAGUGUUCAGGUGGAGGCUCCGUCAGUGUUCAGGUGGAGGCUCCGUCAGUGUUCAGGUGGAGGCUCCGUCAGUGUUCAGGUGGAGGCUCCGUCAGUGUUCAGGUGGAGGUUCCAUCAGUGUUCAGGUGGAGGUUCCAUCAAUGUUCAGGUGGAAGUUACAUCAGUGUUCAGGCGGAGGCUCCGUCAGUGUUCAGGUGGAGGCUCCAUCAGUAUUCAGGUGGAGGUUCCAUCAAUGUUCAGGUGGAGGCUUAAUCAGUGUUCAGGUGGAGUCAUGAUGAGUCUGAGGAAACAGAGAAAGCGCUAACCCAUGCUAACUGCAUGUAUAAGGUAGCUUCGUAGCUUAGCUUCCUGUAUAAAAUCCCUUCAAUCACAGACAUUGUCUGUCUGUGAUGUCAUCCUUCUCAGCCAAUCAUCAUCUGUUCUGUGUCUCUGAAACCCGAUGUGCUAUUGGUCCCUGUGAUGACCACCCCCCCACCCCCACCCCCCACACCCCCCCACCCCCCCACCCCCUUCAAUGUCCCAGGAUGCAGUUUCAUACCAGCCAGGUGCCAAAAACAACCCGCUGUCUCUUCCUGCUUGUUCGGCUGUCAGAGUGCUUUGUAACAAUAAAGUUUCUCUUGAACCUGA